CGUCAUUCAUUUAGUUAGACAGGCUUUGCUGCAGUGUUCUUAGGAGCCAAAAGCUGGUUCUCACCUUGGGAGCAGCCAAGUGGCUUGUCCUGGGAGCCCCAGUGGAAGAUGGAAAUGUGCGCCGCUCACCCCAUCCAGCUGCUCACAUCUGGGGCUGUGCUGAAGGGUUUGGCUGGUUUAAGCUCAGGAGCUGGCUCUGACAGUCUGCUGGCACAGUUGGAGACAUUGCCUGUUCGGAAUAUUCCAUCCCUGACAGCAGCACUUCCUACAAAACCCAAGACCGAGGACCUGGAGUGCAGGAACCCUUUGUAUUAUAUGUAAUCUGCACAACUGAUUCAAAGCUGCGUCGGAAUUGUGUGUGUGUGGUUUUCUGCAGGUUGCCUUGUUCCUCUCUCCUGAUUUACUGCAUGUGUUCACGUGGCCUUGGAAAGGGGGGUUCUCCCACUGCUCUGCUUCCAAAAGGAAAAGAAGCUGGCAGGCGUUCAUCUUGCCGUUCUCGAGUUACGUAGGUUAAAGUGUCCCAGCGGGAAAAUGGAAGAUAUGAGCGAGGAGAUUGCUGGUGGUGACACUUGGUAGGAGGAAAGCGGAGGAAAGGAGCACAUAACUCUAGAGCUACACCCAGAUGAGUGUGAGCUGUGAGAGGUGAGCAAUGUGAUAGAACAGUGCUGCUAGUGCAUGAAUUGCCUGCAGAAACUCCCUUUCCACCAGCACCAACAUGCAGAGCAACUACUCCCUGGUCGUCACCCCCAGAGAAAGUCUCCAAGUGCUCUACACAGCCCUGACAAACACAUCGGCUGCGUUGCGUUCACCCCCUCCCUGCCCACUUACCUCUUCACAUUAUCAGUUUUCACUCAUUCCAGUGCUUUUCUCCGUGGUUUUGGUUUUGGGGUUGGUUGGCAACAGCGUGGUGGUUGUGGUGCUUUGUCGUCACAGUGGCCCCAAAACAGUCGCCAACAUCUACAUUUUCAACCUGGCCGUGGCGGACCUGCUGUGCCUCGCCACCCUUCCCUUCUGGGCUACCUACUAUGCACAGGGCUACAACUGGCUCUUUGGGUCUUUCAUGUGCAAGAUCUCCAGUUCUGUCCUGUGCUUGAACAUGUUUGCAAGUAUAUUUUUCAUCACCUGCAUGAGCGUGGACCGGUACCAUGCUAUUGUCCACCCUAUUCACUCCCAAAGGAGAACUCUGCACAAAGCUUAUUUCACAGCACUGGUUGUGUGGGGCCUUGCCUGUUUGUCCUCCCUCCCAACCUUUUAUUUCCGUGACACUCACUCCAUUGAAAGCUUGGGGGUCAACGCUUGCAUUAUGGCCUUUCCUCAGGAGAACUAUGCAAAAUGGUCUGUGGCAACAGCCUUCCUGAAAAAUGCCCUGGGCUUCUUCAUCCCCUUGAUGGUGAUCACCACGUGCUACAUGCGGAUCAGGAAGCACUUGCUCAAAGCACAGGAGUUUGGGAAAAACAAGCAGAAGAGGGACAAAGUCCUCAAGCUGGUGGCUGCUGUUGUCGUGGCCUUCUUGAUUUCCUGGCUCCCGUUCCACAUUUUGACGUUUCUGGAUGCCUUGGCUCACAUGAACAUCAUCAUCAGCUGCGCGGUAACAGGGCUCAUCGACACAGCGCUGCCAUUUGGCAUCUGCAUGGCCUUUGCCAACAGCUGCAUCAACCCGUUGCUGUACUGCUUCAUCGGGAACCAGUUCCAGGAGAAGCUCCACCGCUUGUUUAAGCGACAAGUGUAUCAGUUCAACAGCCAUCGGGAGAGCUCUUCCUUGAGGAAAGGGAGCUGCUUCAGAGAUGCUGAGACCCCUGUGGGCAAGGAAGGGGAGCCCGAAUCCUUGCUGUAGGCACUGGGGCAUGAUGUGGGCGAUGUUGGUGACACUCCUCUCUCCUAGUCCUCUUGUUUUGUGCCCAUUCAUAUACCAGCAGCUUGAAGAUGAAUCUCUUUUUCUCACAUGUAGAGAUUUAUUCUUCCUUCCUUUCCACAAGAAGCACUCCACAGAGGGAAGAUUCUGGCGAAUAAAUGGUGCUUCAAAUGUCAGCUUGUGCAUGGCUGAGAUCAGGCAAGGGUUUAGUGCAACACCAAAUGACAAAACACACCAAAGGACCAUUGCACAAUAGCUACAAUUGUGUAGGUGCUGAGUAUUAUACCCUAAGCUGGUUUUCUAAAAGAGAUUCUCACUAGAGAAUGUGUAAAUAAAGCAGUGCAGAUACUUCUCUACCUAUCUGUAAGAAAA